GGGGAUGGUUGUGUUGUUUAGGAUCAUGGGUGAUUUUGUAGUGAGGGGUUUGUUCCCUUUGUUGGUGUUAGUUGGAGCUGUUUGUUGCUCUGAUACAUGGCAACAGUUUCUGAGCCAGAAGUUUCCAUGGACGAUAGUGAGAGCCAGCCCUGUUCCUGAGAGAGUGCCUCCUCAUGGGGAUCUCAUUGGUUCUAGUUUCUGAAUGUCUGAGGUUGGGAGUGUGUCCCCACUGCAGACUGUGAUGGUGCAGUGUGGAGACCACAACCUGCUGGUCAGGGCCCAGCUGGAUUUAUUUGGAACCAGGCACCUGAUUAAAGCUGCUGACCUGACCCUGGGGACAGCAGGUUGUUGGCCAACCAGGGUCUACCCUGAGAACCACACUGUCUUCUUUGACUAUGGGCUGCAUGAAUGUGGCAGCAGACUGCAGAUGACUGGAAAUUUCCUGAUCUACACCACCCACCUGACCCACAUCCCAAACUAUCCUGGAUCGCUCAUUGUGAGAACCAAUGGUGCUGUUGUUCCCAUUAAAUGUCGUUAUUUGAGGAAGGGCAAUGUGAGCAGCAAUCCCAUCAAGCCCACCUGGAUCCCAUUCAGCUCCACCAGGUCUGGAGAAGGGUAUCUGUCAUUCUCCCUGCGUCUAAUGAAUGGUGACUGGCUGACAGAGCGCACUUCCACUGUCUACUCCCUGGGAGACCUCAUUCACAUUGAGGCAUCUGUUUCAAUGGCCA